CAAGCGAGCCUCGUCAAGCCUUGCCAACAACAUCAACAAACCUCACCAUAACCUAACAUUGUUUUCCCCUUCACCCCUACACUCGCUCAAAUACACAAACCAAAAUGCCAGAACGCCGACACCAAGCAACAACCAGCAACUCAAGCAACCGCUCCACCAACAACGUGCGCCGCAACCUCUUCCACCAACACCUCAGCCGGCGCCCCACGACCUCCUCGACCUCCACAUCUGCCGAAACGCUGCGGCUGGACGUAGAGCCCGAGUCCGACACCUCAGAUAUCGUGAUACGGGAUAAGAAUGGGGAGUUCGAGAUUGGGGAUCCGCCGAUGCAGUCGUUUGAUGAGCAGGAGGAGGGAGGGAACGGGGAUGCGCAGGAGGAUGAGAAGGAGAGACAGAGGUUGGCAGAUGCGGUGAAGCUUCAUCAGAGGGAUAGGAAUCGAGCUCCUAGUGAGCCUGCUGAACUCCUCGAAGCCGUACGAGCCAGUAUGCGUGCGAAGGUGGCGGGGUUAGCAGAAGACAACUGGAUGUACGAAGCAGAAGAGGAGCAGAUUGUUCGAUAGCACUCCAUACUUUUGAUUUUUGCGGCAUAAGAUACCCAGGCGUUACGAAACAGGUUGCUUGGAAAGCGUAGCAUAGGUAGAAUACAGUCUAGUCUAGACCUUCAGCAGCUGGAGCUGAAGUACCCACACGUUUUGGCUGUUGCUUUGCAGGAGCACCCCCCAUUCCACCGCCAAACAUACUUCCCAUCAUAU